GAUUUUGCAGAGCUCUGGAAGGCAUGGAUUUGUUCAUAUCACUAUGGAUUAGACCAGGGGAUUCUCUGCGCAGCCAGCGACAAUCCAGGCGAAGUCCAUGGUGCAUUCAGCCGUUUCUCUCGGGAGGGCGUAGGUGUAGCUCCGGGUCGAGGCGGUGGUGGUAGACAUCGAGCUCGAGGCCCGAGACGCCCGCGGAGACGUGGACGUGGCACCUGCAAUCUUGUCCGACUGGGAAAUUUUUGUAACGUAACUUUUGCGGCCGUUAUUGUUCCGUUAUUCGUAACGGUACAUCUGUUUUUUUCUUGGACAGUUCGGAUCUGUAACGUUACAGAACGUACCUCUAUAAUGUAACGUAACUGCCUGCAUCGGUUUUGUGUAACGUUACAUUUGUCACGAACAUAAUAACUCAGACGCACGGUCUGGAUCGUAUUUUGUAACGUUACAAAAAAUGGAACUGUACAAAAUGUAACUUUAUUCGGUUACUGUUACGUAUCAUGGAACUGCACAUAUGCUCAAUUAAGUUAUUGGUGCGGUAACGUAACGGAAAACUCCCAGAAAAUAACGUUUAAUUUGUUAUGUUACUGGUCCCUGCCGGUGACUAAGCCCGGCUCACACGGCACGCUGUAAAAAAAAAACACACAACCAAAGCAAUAAGCUGAAAUUGGCGUUCUCUUUGCCAAUCAAGUAGGUUACAGCUAUACUCAUUGUAAGGUGUUUCAUCCAACAAUUAACAGAUAAAAUAACUCUUAUAAAUGAUUCUGAUAAAAAAUUGAAUUUAAAACUUAAGGUGGUUUCUUAGUUGUAGACGGCAUCCUACAGGAGGAAACGUCACCGAAAGUGAACGAAAGAAUAAGAAAUGCAACUUACUUCACUUCAGACACCGUGGCGCAUCCGCGCCACUCUCAAGACUCUUAGUCAUCUCCAGUUAACAAUAAGAAUUGGUUCCCUCAGCGACUUCCCAAGUAGUUUCCGCGGGUUUUGCAUAUGCACUCGUGUGGCGAGCACGCUGUCCUUAUCGCGAAUCCAAUAAGAGGUUUGUUGGAGAGGAGCGAGUGAGAUACCGCUAUCUCUCCUACUUCCUGUGAGUUCGAAAAGACAGAAAUAUUACUAGCCAUCCACAGUUUGCUCGGACUCGCCUAGACUCGCAGUCUAGGAUCGCGAUGUGGAUCGUGCUGGUGCUGCUGCCCGUGGCCUUGGCGGCCUGCCCGUGCCCGCCAGCGCCCGCCUCCUCGAAGGUGUGCGCGUCCGACUUCCAGACCUACGCCAGCCGGUGCCACCUGGCCUGCGACGCCGCGCCCGGCGUCUCGGCCGUGCACCCGGGCGAGUGCUCCCCGCUGGAGCGCGCCGUCAGCCCCUUCCUCUACGCCUCCCUCCUGGCCGGCAGCCUGCGCUCGGCCCGAGGCUCGGCCCGAGGCUCGACCCGCACCGCCGCCGAGGACUACGAGAAGCUGCAGCAGUGCUACAGCAAGAACGCAUGCGACACGGUGACCUGCAGCGCGUGCCGGUCCGACGUGAGCUGCCACACCAAGUGCCAGCUCAACUGCUACUGCGGCUGCGACAACGCCCCCGGGAGCAGCGUGGACAAGGCGGACCUGGUGACCACGUGCCUGCUGCACCGCGCGUGCGCAAGCGUGCACGCCUCGUGCUGGGACGCGUGCAGCACGGACGACUGCCGCCUGUCGUGCUUCUUCGACAACCUCAAGUGCAGCUGCGAGUGCAAUGCUGCGCCCGCCCUCCGGCCCGUCGCGCUUGGCCUCGGCGUCGCGCUCGCGGCCCUCGCCCGGGCCUUCACGGCGGCCAGGUGGUGAAAUGAAGAAGGACCACCACGCUCUCUGUCCCGUCGUGGUGCCUAGUGUCUACACGCCAGUAUAACAAGGUAGACGCACGUUAAAACCGUGUGAAGCUGAGCUAAAUGUGCGUCUACCUUGACCUGCGGCGCGCUAAAAUGAAAACGUUAUCGCGAUUUUGGUUGGCAUGCCUGUCCACCUCACAUCCCACGUCUCACGCCAGGCGCCUCACUUCACGCCGUCUUCCGGGCGGUCUCCCCUUGCGCUUCCUGACAGAGCUGAGCAUUUAAAGUUAAAGUUUAAUUUCAAGUUCAAGUUAAGCUCAGCAAUGAGUUGCCUAGGCGCUGGCUCUCAGGCGCUGUGGCCGGCCACCCCGCAGACUCGCGGCUACCCCCGCAGCCCGGCGCAGCCCGCAGCCCGCAGCCCGCAGCCCGCAGCUGACAACGAGGGUAGCCGAGCCGGGGAAGACGGUGAUGUCAGGAGGCCGAACGUGCUCAUUCUGCACCCACGCCUCCCCAACACCUGGACACUCACGGACCUAACCGACCUACAAUAAAGCAUUCCGGUAAAGCUGAAGUGCAGAAGAAUGCGUGGAACAAGAGAACAGAAGUCACCAUGUAAAGCAUAGCGGUUUCCGUUUUUCUUCCCCGCAUUCUUUAGCAUUUCAGCUUUACCAGAAUGAUUUGGGGCGAUAAUGGUUCUAGAUUUCUUCGGUAUAAUCUUUUGCGAAAGAACCUUGUGUUCAGUACUCCCACUGGCAUUUCCCACUCUACAAUUCGGUUGCUUUCGAGAAUUCUGGGGGAAUGUACCAUUGUAUUAAAAAAAUGUUUUUAUUACCAUUUUUAUGACAAUGUGUAAAAUAGCUGACUUGUUGACUAAACUGUGGCACACGGGUCCACACAAGACAAUAGACUAAGGAUAACAGUACAUAUUUGUGAAUCAGGAACACCAGAACAUGUAUAAUGAAAAGUGGGAUUGACCUAAUUUUAAAAAGGGUAAAACAAUUUCAUAUACCAAAACAUGUGAUGUGAUAUUAUUGAAAUCUAUUCACUGUAAUACCAUUUACAGCGCAAAUUUUACAGUCUCUGAUUAAAUGAUGUGAUACAAAGUGUG